AAAUAAAAACUUAAUAAUCAAUCAAUCAAGAUAAUGAUUUCUCAUAACUUUGUGCGUGGUAAUCCUUUUGAAAAUGCCAAGUUACAAAAAAAUCUCCGCUUGAAAGAUGAGACUCAUAACUUGGUUGAAUAAAGACUAUCCAGCUCACCUUUUAGUAGAAAUUAAAAUUCUUCAUCUACUUAUUAACCUUCUUAAUCAACUAUUGAAAGCAAAUCGUAUAUCAUCUUAGAUAAUAAUCAAAAUAAACAUCUUUCUGAUGAUAGAAAAUUACAAUAAAAGCAUGCGCUACAAGCAAAUAAUACUAGUAAUUUAAGCUUCUUUGCAUCGGAGGAACAAUAGAACUUAACUGAGAAGAGCAUGUUUUAAAAUAUUGAGAUUUAAAAGUAGGUAGAAAACACAAAAUCUGUUGAAUAACUUUCAUAUAGAAGAUGUUAUACACCAAAUUUACUGAGAAGUACAAAAUAAUAUGAGGAUUGUUAAUAAAAUUCUCAAUUUUAAUUUAAUGAUGCUGGAAAUUUAUCAAGCAAUUAAAACGUUAACUAUAUCAGCAACAACCAACAUCCAGAGUUUAUGUAUUAGAUUAAAAAUAGAAGAAUAUCUAAAAGGCAUUAAGAUAACUAAAUUCAAUAAAAAAUAGACAUUAAAAAAUAAGAUAUUUAAUGGAUUUUAUAAGAGGACAAGAAAACAAUUAAUCAUUUAAUAGAGAAUUCUGGCCUUAAAAAUGGAAAUGUAAUUGCAUCUAAUCAAAUAAAUGGAUAAGAUUUAUAGUACCUUUUGUAAAAUAAUUACAAAAACGUUCAAAAAAGUAAGUUCUAAGAAACAGGUGAGUAGUAAUAGUAAGGUAAUUCAUCUUCUGAUACCAAAAGAAAAUCCUUGAAUAAUAAAUUUGACUGGAAAAAAAGACUUGUUUCUGAUAUAAAUGAAUAAAUUAGUUAAACAGAGUGCAUUUAAAAUGAAAAUUUAAAUAAAAUUCAAUUAAAUAAAUUGAUACCAUUAAAGAUUAAAUGUAAAACUGAAGGCCCUUCUAAGAGAAAUUCUAAAGAAGAAGAAUACAGCAAAGAAUUAAUCUAGUAGUAGAGCAAUCAUAAAGUUUUUAACUUGUUAGAUAGCAUAGAGCCUACAUCAGUGCAAAAAUAAGAUGAUAAGCCCUCUUUACCAGAAGUAAUUAAAAAUUGUGGUAAAGAAAUAGCACCACAUCCUAGGAAUUUCCCCACUCAUAUAUUUUCAGAUAAAAUUAAUUAUUUUGAUUUACUAAAGAAGUUAUCCUAAAAUUGCAAAAAAUCUGAAAUUAGAUCAAUCUCUACAAAUCCCAAAUCUAAAUAAGACCACAAUAUUUUUGCUCAUGAAAGUCCUUAGAAGCAGAAAUCUUGUACAAGAAAGUAGAUUCAAAUGGCAAAUCAAAGCCCUAUUUAACUUCCAAAAGAUACCUAAGAUAUUUCAGAUAAUUAAUUCAACAAUUAAGAUUCUUCAGACUAGGAUAUAGUUUAAGAUUUGUUAAAUGUAACUUUGAAGCCUAAGCAAAUUCAAAUAAAUAAGGGAAUGUUUAAUUCAAUUAAAUUUUAUGGAAGGUUAAGCUCAGUAAGAAGAAAUAAAUCAAAGGAAAAUGCAAGAAAAAUUUAAGAGAUCAACCUGUUGCAGAAGUAAAACUAAAAAUAUAUCUAAGAUACCUUCUAUCAUCAUUAAUAAUAAUAAUAAUAAUUAAAUAGAUCUGUCAAUUAUUUUGAUAAUAGAUAAAUUUUCAAUUAAGAUAUUUUACAUUAGAACCUUAAUCAUCAUGACUAACUUAAUUAGAUAUAAAAUCACUUGAAAUUAGAUUCAAACUAAAAAAAAGUAAGUGUCUUAUCAUCUGUUAAUUCUUUAGAGCUUGAGCCCGUGUAGCAGUUCUCAGAAGAUUUUCUGUAGAGCUUUAUAGAGAAGUAGAAUAAAAUAAAUACAUUCUAUACUCGCUUUAAUUAGAAAAAGUAAAAAGAUUCUCCUCUAAAAAGUGUAAGAGGAAAUCAAAGUAUAUAUAAAGCAGAGUCCCCAAUAAAAAUUAAUUCAAUUAGUCCUCAAAAAAAUGCAUCUAGUCCUAAUAAAAAUAAAUCUUUUGUAAAUAAUAACCACAAUUCUAAAAAAGAUUAAAAUACUAAACUACUUACUCCUCUUAUCUAACCAUGUUACAAACCAGUGGAAGCAAAUAAAUACAAUCAAAUAUAUUCUAAAAUGCUUUAAAGCAAAAAAGAAUAAGAUAUCAUGCCAUGGGAUUACUCUUAAAGAGAUAGUCAUUUGCAUGACAUUGAUUAAUAUUUAAAUUUAAUAGAAAAAACAGGAAUCAUUCAAGGAUGA